CAUGAGUCAAACGUAGUGAAUGAACGACGGGAGACGCUCUUCUGCAGUUGCACCGCACGAAAAUGGCUCGCUUCACACGCCUCCGCCUACAUGGAUUUGGACUGUUUGUUCUAGGACUUCUCGUUGCACAGCCACUGUUUGUAUGUCAAAGUGCUGCGUCCAGACGAACUGCUGUAGCAGCGACAUUGUCCAUUCUUGCAAAUGCGCCCAGCAUUGUAAGAGCCGAUGAGAUUGAUGAUGAAGUUGCUGACUACAUCAAGAAGAUGAAGAAGUUUAUUGUCGUCGAGGAUAAUGACAAGCCCUGGAGACAAAAAGAGCAGUUCAAUUACAACUACGAAUUUCAGGAGGGGCAGAAAGAAUUUGUGAGGCAGAAAUACUUGAAGAUGAAGGAAAUGGUUAAGAACGCCAGAAAUGAAAAGGAACGGGAAAAGGCGAUGCGGGUGAUGAAGAAUGAAUGGCUGAGGGAGUCGGUUUCCAUCACUGACACUGAUUUGCUGAAAGGAUUUUCGUAGGACCGCCAUGAAAGGAUCAUCGGUUGCAGCAAGAGUCGCACCUCGGAUGGCGAUUUUGGUUGCUGAAAAGGUUGCUGAAAAGGUGCCAGCAUGCUCUAACGACAGCAAUGGCAAUGUAGGAAUGGAGCUCGCCUGUUUUUGGUGAUGGACCUGCAGCUGUAAUGCAACAGAGGUUCCAG